CCACUCACAACUCCAUCCAUCUGGAACAUCCAAGGUUGCACAGCUCUCAUCAGUGGAGAAGACUGCUUGAAAAUGAGUCUUCGUAUGUGUCUGGGCCACUGCAGAUGUUUCUGCUUGUGAGUGUUGUUUAGGGGUGGCUGAAUAGAAGGUUUACAUAUAACAUCAAGCCUCUGGAGGAUCCUGCACCUUGAUAUUCGUGAGACUCCAGGGAUAGCAGCAGCUUUAAAUAUGUGCUUGCAACUUUGUAAUGGUCAUUCUACCUUCACGCACAAACCCGUGUGUUCUCUGAAUUAGCCACAAAUCUCUUGAUAGUACGAUGAUCACACUUACCUUUUUGUGAAAUAUCCAAGGUUUUCAUACCGUGUCCAAUGUUCAGGGCAUUUAAUUAUUUCAAGAUUUUCUUUCCCAUAUUGCUUGAAAAUGUUGGUCUGCUCAUCAAUGUGGAAUGUCCUUCUUUACUAGUUUUUCCUUUAACUGAACUCACCUGGCAAACUAAUUAUCACAGGUGUAUGUGAUUGAUGUCAGAGAGAUACAAUUUUCAUUCACGAGAUCAAUUGAAAAAAAAAAAAAAGAAUUUGAUCUUUUUGAUCUUUUCUUACAAUUUGCAUAAAAAAUUUGGAACGCACUGUGUUAAGAUAAGCUUUAUUUAGUGUUAAAGAGUCCUAGUUUUGAGUUUUUAUAUGGAAACCUGAGCGUAAAGAAGGCAUGGACUCGAUCACGCAAAGGAUGUUGCGGGGCGACAGCAGCAGUAGGGGCAAGGGCUGGGUUGCCAGUUGAGUAAAAAUCCGCGUGGGAGGAGGAUGGGUGGGUUUAAGUAGAAGCUAUCAGGUCUUCUCCUCUCACACGCUCUGCUGUGCGCACAGGCUGAAGACAAAAGCAGGCAGCAUCCUACCUCUCCAUGCGAUGUGCAGCAGCUUCAACAUCUCUGAAGUGGCUGCCUCACCGGGUCGGACCGGGGGCCGUUUGGUCUCCGAUUUGGUCCAAGGAGUCGCUAGAGACUCGGCGCGCUCCGUCGGUGCCAGGCUGUCCGCCUCUCGGAUCACACCCGAACCCACCCGAUCUCCAGCCAUGGAACUGAUGGAGGGAGACGUUCUGGACAAGCUGGACGACAUGUCAUCGAUGUACGACUUCGAUCCGAUCACCGGGAACAUCCCCGCCACCAAAGUGGAGAUCACCGUCUCCUGCAGGCAUCUGCUUGAUAAAGACACAUUCUCAAAGUCAGAUCCAAUGUGUGUGCUCUACACGCAGGGUGUUGAAACCAAACAGUGGAGAGAGUUUGGCCGAACAGAGGUGAUAGACAACACCCUGAACCCAGACUUUGUCAGAAAGUACAUCUUGGACUACUUUUUCGAGGAAAAGCAAAACCUUCGCUUUGACUUGUAUGACGUUGACUCCAAGAGCCCAGACCUGUCCAAACAUCCUGCAGAACUCAAUGACUUCUUGGGUCAGGUGUUCUGCACUCUCGGGGAAAUUGUUGGAUCACCAGCCAGUCGCCUGGAAAAACCAUUGGGAGGAAUCCCUGGAAAGAAAUGCGGCACCAUCAUCCUGUCAGCAGAGGAGCUAAGCAAUUGUCGAGACAGUGCCACUAUGCAGUUCUGUGCCAACAAGCUUGACAAAAAGGACUUUUUUGGCAAGUCAGACCCCUUCAUGGUUUUUUACAGAAGCAACGAGGAUGGAACGUUUACUAUCUGCCACAAAACAGAGGUGGUGAAGAACACAUUAAACCCGGUGUGGCAGCCUUUCACUAUCCCUGUACGAGCGCUCUGCAACGGGGACUAUGACAGAACAAUCAAGGUGGAGGUUUACGAUUGGGACCGAGAUGGGAGCCAUGACUUCAUUGGAGAUUUCACGACCAGCUACCGAGAGCUAGCUCGAGGGCAGAGCCAGUUUAAUGUGUACGAGGUAAUUAAUACAAAGAAGAAAAUGAAGAAAAAGAAAUAUGUCAACUCUGGAACAGUAACCCUGCUAUCAUUCUCAGUCGAGUCAGAGUUCACCUUUUUGGAUUAUAUCAAAGGCGGCACGCAGAUCAAUUUCACUGUGGCCAUCGAUUUCACCGCAUCUAAUGGUAAUCCAUCCCAGUCCACCUCCCUGCAUUACAUGAACCCGUACCAGUUGAAUGCCUACGCCAUGGCCCUGAAGGCCGUUGGGGAAAUAAUUCAGGACUACGACAGCGACAAGAUGUUCCCGGCUCUGGGCUUUGGGGCCAAACUUCCACCUGACGGCCGGGUGUCUCAUGAAUUUCCACUGAAUGGUAACUUGGAAAAUCCUUAUUGCAAUGGCAUUGAAGGCAUUUUAGAGGCAUACCAUGAAAGCCUGAAGACAGUGCAGCUGUAUGGACCAACUAACUUCGCUCCUGUAGUGAACCACGUGGCCAGGUAUGCGGCAGCAGUGCAAGACGGCUCGCAGUACUUCGUCCUCCUCAUCAUCACAGACGGCGUCAUCUCAGACAUGGCUCAGACCAAAGAGGCUAUUGUAAAUGCUGCCAAGCUUCCCAUGUCCAUCAUCAUAGUUGGAGUUGGUCAGGCUGAGUUCGAUGCGAUGGUGGAACUGGAUGGUGAUGACAUUAGAGUCUCAUCUCGGGGGAAAUUGGCAGAGAGAGACAUUGUUCAGUUUGUUCCUUUCAGAGAUUAUAUGGACCGGACAGGUAACCAUGUGUUGAGCAUGGCACGGCUAGCUAAAGACGUGCUAGCAGAGAUCCCCGACCAGUUCAUCUCGUACAUGAAGAGCCGAGGCGUCAAACCCAACCCCGCUCCACCCCCGUACACACCGCCUGGACACACACACCACCACACACAGAUCUGAGACUCCUCUUUGGACAGACAGCAUGCAGCAGCCAUUCAGAGUCCCGCGGGAACUCUCUACCUCUUGUUUUCUGGUGUCGAUACAUGGCGACGCACCUCGAAAUAAGAGUUGAAUUUUGUGCUCUAACCUGCAAGUGUCAACAAGAACAGUACCUUGAUUUUUUUUUUUUUUUAAAUGUAACUUCUUCUGUGAUUAAUUUCUUGUAGUGUCUCCUCAGGAAAGGCUGAACAAACUUUUCAGGACUUUUUGGUGAAAGCCUUUCGGGCAGUGACUGUUUCAAGUCUAAUUUGACAGCAGGUCGGUUCCUAAAAGGUCAUGUUGUGCUUAAAACUUGUGCCUGUUUGUGGUUGUUUCUCUAAAUGUGUCGGGACGUGUGAACUCAGAACCAAACCUUGCAGUCAUCCGUCAUCUGAGUGGCCUAAGAUGAGGCGUUUUCAGGCAUCCCCCUCUCCAAUAAUUUUUUACAUUUAGGGGGUGUCUGCAUUCACAUUACUGCAGCAGUUAUCAUGGUUUUUAGAUCCACCACCUCCCACCCUAUAGGUUAAAUGUUUAUAGGAGCUUGUUAGAUAUGAGUUUUAGUUUUCAUGUCAGAGUAUUUAUUUGACAUUUUUAUUAAGAGUAGCUCGGACAUCUAAUUUGGUUUGGACACAAAUAAAACCAUAAAAUAUGAAAUUUGCACAAUCUUUAUUUUUAAAGUAUUUUUAAUUAUAAAUAGAGGGCAUGAAAAGCACAAUAUUUGUUUACAUCCAGCAAAAGCAAUUGUCAAUGUUUAAUCAGAGUAACAAAAUUUCUGUUUAUUAAUUUUUUCAAGGAAGAAACAUUUUAUUCAUCAAGGUCACUUUUUUUCCCACUUAAGCCAUUAAUAAUUAUAAAAACAUUAAUAGAAAUUGUUGCAGCUGUGACACAUGAACUUAGGAUGUAAAGAUUUAUCAUAAUGAAUAUUUCACUUUCCAGUCUCCAGUUAAUCUUCAUAUUCAGGUUUAAUAGAUUGCACAGAAAAUGAAUAAUUUAUCAGCCACUUAAAAAAAUCAGGAAAAAAAGUCCUAAUAAAACUGUCAGAUUGAGAGGCUAACCCAAAAGGUCAGGGAGCCGUCUGACUUCUAUGGCUCGCUAUGGUGCUAAAAGGUUUGUCCCUGUGUAUGAAGUUCCAAUAGGUCUUUGAAGUUUAAUUUAAUUUGAUCUUUAUUGAAGAAAAAUAGAGAAUUCACAUAUUAUAACAUGACUGAGAGAAAGAACUGUCGGAAAACUGGUUACAUGACAAACUUGUUUCUCUUUGUUGGAGCAGUUAAAGACAUUUUUAAGUCAAUUAUGCUUCAACGAGCACUAAUUUUGGCUGUUAUGAUAUAGUUGAUACAGUCUGAGCUUUUGGAAUUAUCUAAGAUGAACAGGAUCAAAAUGGUGGAUAAAUUCUAAUAUUUAACAUAUUUGUGUUUGAGACAGAUUCAUUGAUGCUUUACCAAAAGAAAAAUCUUAAUGGAAUUAUAGGAAUUAUUGUAGGUAACUUCUAAAAUUUACCCCAGUGUGGUUACAUAAAAACAAUAUUUACUUUAAAAAAUGGAUUCAUGAAUUUGGUUUAUAGAUUUUACAUUUCUCAAGUAAAAACUGGUUUGAUAUCAAUUUUUAAACCUAACCUCAAACAUUAAACUUGAACUGACUUUUUCGUUGUGGCGACCCAUGAUGGGGACGGAGUGAUUUUUGACAUAUUGUGGUUUUUCAACUUUUAAUUGCAGCUGAAAAUCAUGGGAAACAUUUCAACAAAGAUCACCAAAUGACUGCACAUUAGCAGCUCAGCAUGUUGGACAGAAAACUAGAAAUGCUUUUUUAUUGCAUUAAAUUACAGGAAGGUGAUGCUAAGCAUUUCCUGAUACUUUGAUUUGUAAUAAGUAUUACAUGUUGUUAAAAAAAUUACCUUUAUCACCCUGAAGAAGUAGAUAAAAUGUAUUUAUUUAAUUGCUAUGCAAAACCCCUCUAUUAAAUCCCUCAAGUAUAGCAAAAGGAUUAUAGAGGAAACAGAUCUGCAGUGGUUAGGUAGCUAAUUUGAAGCUGCAGUAAUGGAGGACUGAAAUAAAAAUAAUUAAUAUACAAGUUAUUAAGAAAAGGAGGAAGCAAAGCACAACCACCCCUAAGACAUAAAGCACUGAACUCCCACCAAAUAAGCUUUUUUUCCUUGCUAUGAUCAGCUGAGGAGUAUUUAAAGCUGCAGCUCAAAAAAGGAGAACUGAAGGGGGAUUUUCUUUCAACAAUUUCUUUUAAGCAAGAAAACAAAUGGUCCUCAUUAAAAACAGCACAACUGUAAUGUUAAAGACAUGUUAACUCAACCUUUAAACGCAUUGGACAGUCUGAUAAAGUCACACAGCAGACGAAUUCAAAGAUUAUUUUGUCUUCAAAGGUUUCCACGGAUACAAAAACGUAAUUUUCCACUUUUCUUCAUGUAUUGCAUUGGCUGUAAUGUAGAUGAGAAUGGACUGAGGAACUCCUACCCCCUGGCAUUCCAAACAGGAAGUGGCCGCUGGCUCCAAGAAGCCAAAAUCCCAUAGACUUUAUGGAGAAAUAAACAGUUAUUACUCAGUCAUUCAUUGCUCUGACUGUUAAAAUGUUCUGGAUAAUCCUCAUUUUUUUAAUGAUAUUUUUUCUAUAGUUGAAGUUAUUCAAAAUAUAAACUGGCCAAUCAGAUGCAUCAAUAAAACAAGGUGGUCAACCCCUAACCUAACACUAGCGGUGCAAAAAAAAAAAUGACGAGCAAUAUUGCAGCAAUCCAGCCGUUUUGAUCCAGAAGCCAGCUCAGACAAGGAAAACAAAGACGUACACGGAUCUGUUUGUCUGCAAGUGGAUGCAUCAGAAUGGAGUAGAACAGGGAGCUUGUGGACCGCCCAGUAUGUUGUUUACAUCACAAAAAAGCUCUUUUUUUUUUCAACUGCAUGUUUCGACUGAUCCUGAUUCACAUCAAUUUGCAUAAAGAAAUACUCAAUUACACAAUUUCAAUCUUAAUUUUCUUUAAACAUCCCCUCCAUAAUCUGAAAAAUGCCACAAGUACAUGUUAAAAUAUAUGAUUUUCAUUGGAGUGGGUCUUUAGACAAAAAUCAAUCUGAUUUGAAGAGAUUUUAUAAGAAGUUAUUGGUUUUAAGAGAAUGCUAUUAAAAUCAAAGAGUAGAAAUUAAAAGUGAAGUGGGACUCAGCUCUACAUGGAUUCUUCAAUCUUAACUUUAUUUAACUUUCCAACUCAAAGUGCUUCACAGAGAUUUGCUGUUCCUCAGCUUUCGAUCCAUUCUCAGACACUGCACUGUCGCUGUUGGAGAUGAAAAUCCAGGACGUUUUAAUUCUGAAACAGCUAAGUUCAACUUUUCUAUCAAAUUCAUUUUAGAGUUUGAUGAUUUGCUGUGAUUGACUGACACUCACAUGUUUUCUAAAUUUACACAUCAGUGUGUCCGAGGUUUUAAAAUGAAGACCAAAACCGUAACAAAUAAAUAAAAAAACGGUUAUUUGCAGUGUUGGUGAAAACCUUUUUUUAAUAUAGUAUAUUCAACAUUUUUGUAAAUGUAAAGACAUGUUCAACGUUUCCAACAGUAACUGCAAAUGUAACUGUGAAGACCAACAUUUUCUGCUGUUUCUUCAAUACCUCUCAGUUAACAUUUGUGUUGAAUCCCCCUCUUUCAUCUCCCUUUGUGAGCAGUAACUGUUUUUCCUAUGAGGUAAUUAACAAUCACUCUUUAAUUAAUUUUACAAUUAUUGACUUUUAAGUGUGUUUUUUCCGUUUGAAGCUUUUUCUGAAAGACAGAACAAAGAAAAGGAGUCUCUUUCAUUUAACAUCCCAGCAAUGAAUUUAUCUUUACCUCAAAAUAAUUGAAGAUGGAAGUCCUUUAUGUCGAAAACAGUAAAGGCCUUUAAGAUUGGAGAGGCCGUCACUCUGCCUCAUUUAGUUCUAAAUUGAAAAGCAGUAUGAGGCGAGUAUGGAUGAAAGGUUCAAAACAGAACUUUUUCUUAAAAAUAUGGAACUAUGAAUUCGUUUUUUUCUUGUGUUCUGGCACCGAAGAACCCAUUCAUAGAAUUAAAGAUUCAUUUAAUACAGUAACCUGCCCUUUUAAGAUUAAUUUUGCAAACAAAAUUGUCUGCUGGAGUUCACAGAACUACAAUUAGAAGUUCCUAAAGUUGUAUUUCAGUUUCAAGGAUCAUAUACUAGAUUGUCAAAGGUGGAAAUGAUGCCUGGGGUAUACGAACUGUAUGGAGACUGCUGAAAAAUGAGGAUACAUUUGGUAUUUGGCUUUAAAAUGUCUUGAUUGGUUUCAGGGAACGGCUGCAGCUUGGCUCUGAUAACCUUCCACAACAGUGACCAUAUUUUUAAAUGAAACCUGUUUUUGACAGGGAGUCUUGAGGGUGCGUAAGCCCCACGAGCCAUGCACGUUUAACUGCUAAAUGUUUGGCAUAUAUCUCUUGAUUAUUUUGGAAAAUUUUCUGACAAGCCAUUUCUCCUACUGCUGGUUUCUCAAGCCCUGAUUUGUUGGUAUGGUUAUAAAUUGCAUGUUUCUUUGGGUUGUGUUGCACACUGUGCCAGCAGAUACUGUUUGAAAAAAGGGAGUCAGCGCAUCAAGACCUGGCGUCUCCGCGCCGACCACGACAGUAACCCUGGACUGUAUUCUUUUUCUCUUGUGCCUGGUCCCUGAAACAUUUUCUGUCUCACCAGUGGCAAAGAAACUGUAGCUAAUUUGCAUGUUACAGUUAAUCCUCUUUUGUAAUCUGUUUAUUAUUUUAGUCUGAUUUGAAUUUUGAUAUUGGUUUGCAUGAAUCUCUGCUUUACAUUUCAAGGGUUUUUAUUGUACUUGAUAACUGUCAUACGGUUGGUUGUGAAAUGCUUUGUAUUGGAUUGCCUUAAAUGAAUACUAUUAAAAACAACUACUUUUAUAAAACCCUAUGAAGCAUUUUCUAGUCACAAGUGUUUGUAUGAGAGUCUGCAUGUUUGCGUUUUACAUAUAAGGAUACAUUUUAGGAAUGUUGUAGGCAUCACUGUCUGCUGCUUUUUUAAAUCUCAGAAACAAUAAUAAAUGUUGGCUGCUAAAACUC